AAAGCACCACUUAGCAGUCACGGGAAGACAAGGAAGCAAUUGGGGUUCAAUGGCUUCCCUCAUCACCACUCUUCCAGUGGUGCUCUUGUCUACUCUUAGCUUCCCACUGGAAACCACUGCAAACAACUACUACUACACCUCUCCUCCUCCACCUAAGAAAUCUCCCCCUCCACCUUUUCCUCCUUACCACUACCAGUCACCACCACCACCUCCACCAGUCAAGUUUCCUCCACCACCAACCCCAGUCUACAAAUACAAAUCACCACCACCACCUCCACCAGCCAAGUCUCCACCACCAAUCCUAGUCUACAAAUACAAAUCACCACUACCUCCUCCACCAGUCCACAAGUCACCUCCUCCAUCACCAUCCAAGAAGCAUUACGAGUACAAGUCUCCACCACCUCCACCACCGAAGGAGCAUUAUGAGUACAAGUCUCCACCACCUCCACCACCACCUCCUACUCCAGUCUACAAGUACAAAUCUCCUCUGCCACCACCUAAGGAGCAUUACAAGUACAAGUCCCCACCACCCUCUCCUACUCCAAUCUACAAGUACAAAUCUCCUCCACCUCCUCCUACUCCAGUCUACAUGUACAAGUCGCCGCCACCACCACCAUCAGUCUACCAUUACACUUCACUUCCUCCUCCUCACCAUUACUAAGAAAGGCUUAACUUGCAGGAAAGAGGUUUAUUAUUAGGAUGGCGAAAUAAAAAGGACGGUUCCUGAUUUUCAUCGUAAGAGAAGGAAAGCAAAUUUAAUCUCCUUGUGUGAUCUUUGUUUUUGAGAUAGAAUAGCAAAUAAUCAUGGAAAAGGGCCAUGUCAGAAAAGGAAAAAAUGGUGAAGAGA